AUGGCUCUCUGGACGCCCUAUGCGCAAGAAUCGGCUCUGGACUUGAGCAAGACCAGAGUCAAAUUAGAAAGGAAAUCUCCCGAUUUGCCUGUCACAAAUUCUUCGCCGCCAGCCUCUGGGUUUCUUUAUCAAGAUUAUCAACCGUACUACGUGAAUUAUUCGCCGGUUCGACCCGUACACGCCGUGCCUUCUGUGUCACCGGAGUCUACUGGUUCUUGGACUCAAUAUCCUCUGCCGCCUUCGAUCGGAAACAGUCGGUCCCCACCGCCGGGCUCGCCUGAAUUUUACGAGAUGGAUUCCCUGACAGACGACUAUGAAUAUCAAGAGUUUGAGAGAGACGCUUUCCGUGCUAUGGCUGAGAAGAACGGUGGAAGCUUAUUGGGGAACAAUCCUCGCAUGAGGAGAGCCGUGCAGACUAAUCAGACGGCUGACGACACAUACAGGAAGCAGCGGGAGAGAAACAACUUCGCGGCCAAGCAGAGCAGAGAUCGGAGGAAGAUGAGAGAAGUGCGUUUGGCUUUUCAAGUCACUUAUUUGAAGAAGAAAAUGACAGAGAUGAAGGCGCGGCUGGCGGCCGAUAUGUGCAGCAAGUGUGUUCAGACUCGCGAUCGCUAG